UCAGUCUCUUCUUAGAUUUCGACGAAUAAAGUUUAUUCAAUCAGGCAUUUAAAAAAUGUUCAAAUUAAUUUUAGUAUUUUUGACACUUUUUGGAUUCUCCUCAAAAGCACAGAAUGUUCAAUUACCACAAAGCUUCAAAAUAUGUUCAAAGUCAUCACCAAAUCUUGCGGAAUGCGUUAAAAAUUCUGUGGAAUAUUUAAGACCCAGUUUAAGAACUGGUGAUCUGGGAAAUGGAAUAAGAAUUGUGCCAUUAGAACCACUCAAAAUUGAUGAUAUCUUUUUAGAAAGAGGCUCUGGCUUCUUUUUCAAUUUGUACAACAUUAAAGCUUACAACAUCCACAACUUUAAGAUUGAAAAGAUUCGAGUGACUUUAGAGCCAAAUGUGGUUGCGGAUCUUCUAAUAAAAAUCAAGAAUGUCGAUUGUUCAGGCGAUUACAAAAUUAACUUGCUCCUUGGCAUUGUAAAUCUUCAAGGACAUGGAAAGAUUGAAGGAAAAAUUGACGAGAUUAAAGCGCGUCUCAAAAUCGAAACUGUUCCAUUAUACAGAGACGGCGUUGAGUACAAAAACGUCACAAAAGUUCCAGCCAUUGUUAAAAUUGAUAAGUUGGUGCUUAAAAUUCAUGAUUUAUUCAAGGAUAAAGUCCUUAAUGAUGUUGGCGAGCGUCUUGUGAAUCAGAAUUUGGAUAUGUUCUUGCCGGAAAUUGAGAAGAGUGUCUCGAACAGCUUAUCAAAAAUUGGAUUACAAGCCAGUAGCGGAGUAUUCGGACGAAUUCCUUUCAAACUCCUCCUGCCUUAAUUCUCAAGAUCAAAAUGAUUAUUAAUAAUUUCGAUGUCUUUAUUGACUAUCGUAAUUAACACAAUUCGCAAUUAACAUAAAGAAUUAAACACAAAAAAGAAUCUUUACAACCAGUUUGAAUUUUUUCGGAUGAUGAAGUCAAAAAACUUAUCGUUUUGUUUUUAUUUUAUUAAUUUCUGUUCUUAGACUUUUGCAUUGAUUUUCGUUAAAGUUCUUAUUAUUAUGCUAAUAAAAUGAUUUUAGAUGCUGU